AUGCGUCUGUGGAAGCAGAACUUUACCAAGCGCUGUGACCAGAUGAAAGAGCAGAUUCUCAAAUUCGACAACUUCAUUCAGGAGAACGAGCGGAAGCGUGCUCGGGCACUGUGGCGGGCGGAGACGGAGGGUCGCCUGCGGGUGCAGCGGCGGAUCGAGACCGAGCAGCUGCGGGCCCGACUCGGGGAGCUUCGUGCAUACCGGGACAUGCUCCGUCGCUCGCUCGCUGCCAAUGCCCACUUCUCCGAAUUUGUUCAGCUCUUGUUGCGCCCCGGCGGCAUGUUCCGGGAGCUGUCCGAAGUGCCAGUGCGAUACCGGGCGCUGGUCUCCACCCACGAGGCGCUGCUGCGGCUGGUGCAGGAAGGCCAUGAGGAGCGUGAGCGCCGCAAGGCGCGGCUAGGCCGCUACCUGGAGGAGACGAGCGACGAACGAUUGCAGCUCAGCAACCGGCUGGCCGACCUGCAGGCCCAACUUGAGGCGGCCCGGAGCCGCAGCCUCCGCUGGGACGCGGCCUGGACACACAUUCAGAACACCGCGGCGAGGCAGACGCUAGUGCUGGGCACAGUGAAGAUGGCGACGCUGAACCUGUACCAGCUGGUGGCCGGAUCACUGGAGGAGGCUCCCUCACUCACCUCCACCGACACUCUCUGGCAACUCCAGAAGAUUGAGGAAUUCAUCCAUCACCUAAAGUCAGUUUGGGAGGAACUGACGUCGGACCCCCACCGGGCUCAGAAUCGUCUGAUGAAGUGAGGGAGGGGUUCCUCAUUACGACUAACCCCUAACCUCCAGAGACAUGCCUUCUCCACUUCA